AUGCAGACCCUAAGUGCCCGCCCCUCCACCGGGCUGAGCUUCCGCAAGCAGUCCCACGUCUUCGGCGCUAGGCCCGCCGCGCUCUCCAGGCCCGCACCCGCCCCCCGAAGGUCCCAUAUUGUCUCAAGAGCUGAGAGGGACGGUGCCGGCGGCUUCUGGUCUGGCGUUUUCGUAGGGGGCGCAGUCUUUGGGGCUCUGGGCUACGUUUUUGCACCCCAGAUCUCCAAGGCGCUGCUGGGAGAAGACCAGAAGCUGCGCCUGCCACGUUUCCUGGAGGAGCAGGAUGUGGACCCAGAGACCUCCAAGCAGAACCUGGCAGACCAGAUUGCGCAGCUCAACUCGACCAUCGACACCAUCCAGCAGUCCCUGAACACUACUACCCUCGAGAAGGAAGAGAUCCCCGCCUGA